UAUUAUUUCUCGUACACGUGCCUUGUCACAAUUUAAUUCAAAUGUUUGCUUGAGAACAGAUUGAUUAAACAUUGCGUCUUUCAUGUUUCUGUAUCCAAUUUGUUUUUGCUGUGGAUUGAGAUGAGACGUAAUAAUAAAAUUUCGCAUUGAUGAAAAACAAACAUGCCAUGAUAACACCGAUUUUCACAAAAAGAAUAAAAAAUAAUUGAAACUUUAUUACGAACGCAUCAUUUGUUCAGUUCAUCAUUUAAUUUGGAGUAAAGCGACAUAAUCAUGAAGGAAAAGUCCCUAGCGAGAUUUUUGCUGAUCACUGCGGUACUCUUGGGUAUUUUAAUAGUUUGGAUGCAAUUAUCAAAAUAUUCUUCGCUGAAAAUUCCAAAAAAAAUUUAUAUCAUGAAAGAUGUGAAGGAAGAUUCAAGUCACGUGUUUAAUGUGCCCGAGUUCAAGUUUUUGAUUUCGAAACCGAAAUGUGAUCAAGACGGUGCAUCUCCACAUUUUGUUACAUUGGUGCAUACAUCACCGACGAGAUUCGAAAGGCGAAUUGCUAGUCGUGACACGUGGGCACACUCUGAUCCCAGGAUAAAAACCUACUAUCUAAUGGGCAUGGUCAACUCUCCCAUCCUUCAAAAGAGAAUCGAGGAAGAAGAAGCAGAGUUCAAUGAUAUCAUUCAAGGUAACUUCGUGGAUUCGUAUCGCAAUAUGACGUACAAGCACAUAAUGGCCUUGAAAUGGUUUUCGGAAAACUGUCCACAUGUCAAGUAUCUGUUGAAAUUGGACGAUGACGUCUUUCCAAAUAUUCCGGCAAUCGAUCACUAUUUGGCGAACGAUAAAUACAGCAUGAACUAUAUACACGGUGUUAAAGCUGGACGUAAAGUUUAUCGGCGGGGAAAAUGGAAAAUAGCACCUGAAGAAUUUAACGGCGAUCUCUAUCCCGAAUUUGUAGAAGGAUCAGCAGUUAUUUAUCCCAACACUUUCGUGCUGGAGGCGUUUGAAAAGACAUUCAUCACACCCUAUUUCUGGAUUGAUGAUGUUUAUGUAUCCGGAAUACUUCGGAUGCAACUGAGUUUCGAAAUCAAAUCUAUAUCCCAAUUUAAAUUGAAUACCGCCAUCCUAGACAUGAUCGCAAACGGCACCGUUACAACUUUACCAUAUCCAAUGUUUCUUAUUACUCAACAUAAUCGACAAUACGAUGAUGUGCUUAAACUCUGGGAUAUGACCGAAUCAUAUAGACACGCGCAUCGACCACGUGAAAUGUCUUAUAUUGAAAGAUUGAAAGAUGUUUUAGUUUAAAAGAAAAUAAAUGUAUGUUUGUCAACAUUUCCACAACAACAUUUGUUUAUUCUCAAUGGGAACACAAUAUGAAUAGUGAACAAUUGAAUGCAUACAAGCGAUUUGCAUGGGUUUGAUUCUAUCCAUGAUGUAAAUUGCAAACCAUAACAAACACUGCAUCGACCCUUACGAGAAAUGAAAUCUUUCGUCCCCAACGUUUCCCCUUUUCUCUUAUCAUUAUAGAGCAAAUUACCGUAUGGCGAGAAAAUUCGGGGUUGAACGAAAAUCGUCCAAAAAAAUCAACAAAAUUAAAAUAUAUGCAUAUUGGGUACAACGACUUAUGAAUAUCGGUGAAACCGUUAUGCUACUUACUCGUAGAAAG